AUGUUUUUAGUAACCUCAUCAGACAGACGGCGAGGAGAGGCUAAUUUAAGAGAUGCUAAAUAUACAUUUCCUGAUGAUGUUGAAUUUGCAUACAGUGGCAAGAAGGCUCCAGAGUUUUGGGGAAGUCUUUCUGAAGAAUUUGCUCUCUGUUCAACGGGUAAAAGGCAGUCGCCAAUAGACAUUCCCAAAUACGAGUUUGCUCGUAAAUCCACUCCUCCGAUCCCAUCAUUUAAGAAUGCAAGAGGUUUAGAAAUUGCUCACAUUGGCAACACCGUCGAAAUUGGCACUGAAAGUGAAAAUGAAGUACUUCCUUUACGUAUAACGAUAAACCACAAAGAAUAUCAAAUGCAGCAAAUGCAUUUCCAUACACCUAGUGAACAUCGUGUUAACGGAAAACAUUUCGAUGCGGAGGGCCACAUGGUUUUUACCAGAAAAGACCAUUAUAACAAUACAAUAAUUGCGGUCGUUGCCAUACUUUAUGAGGUCAGCGAUUAUGACAAUGAGUUUUUAGUACCAAUAACCAAAAAACUGCCAAUGAAGAGGGGUGAAAAGAAAAAGAUCGAAAAAGUGGAAUUUGAACAACUUUUGUGUGAUCUUAAGGAUCUUAAACGGGCGUACAAUUACAUUGGAAGUCUUACGACACCUCCGUGCUCUGAAGGUGUAAAGUGGUACAUAAAUCGUAAGAUUCAACCCAUUUCUUUUCAUCAGUUUAAGGAUCUUCGUAACUCAGUCGGGUUCAAUUCACGUUUUGCUCAACUACGUUACUCUGCACAAGAGUUUGGCAGAAGAGGUGUACUGUAG